AUGGCGUCCUGCGUGGGGAGCCGGACCCUGAGUAAAGAUGAUGUGAACUACAAGAUGCAUUUCCGGAUGAUCAACGAGCAGCAAGUGGAGGACAUCACCAUCGACUUCUUCUACCGGCCGCACACCAUCACUCUGCUCAGCUUCACCAUCGUCAGCCUCAUGUACUUCGCCUUCACCAGGGAUGACUCUGUCCCAGAAGACAACAUCUGGAGGGGCAUCCUCUCUGUAAUUUUCUUCUUUCUUAUCAUCAGUGUAUUAGCUUUCCCCAAUGGUCCGUUUACGCGGCCUCAUCCAGCCUUGUGGAGAAUGGUCUUUGGGCUCAGCGUGCUCUACUUCCUGUUCCUGGUGUUCCUUCUCUUCCUGAACUUCGAGCAGGUUAAAUCCCUGAUGUACUGGCUAGAUCCGAACCUUCGCUAUGCCACGAGGGAAGCAGACGUCAUGGAGUAUGCUGUGAACUGCCAUGUCAUCACCUGGGAGAGGAUUAUCAGCCACUUUGAUAUAUUUGCCUUUGGACAUUUUUGGGGCUGGGCCAUGAAGGCCUUGCUGAUCCGAAGUUAUGGUCUCUGCUGGACAAUCAGUAUCACCUGGGAGCUGACUGAGCUUUUCUUCAUGCAUCUUCUCCCUAAUUUUGCCGAGUGCUGGUGGGACCAAGUCAUCCUGGACAUCCUGCUGUGCAAUGGGGGCGGCAUCUGGCUGGGCAUGGUCGUCUGCCGGUUUCUAGAGAUGCGGACUUACCACUGGGCAAGCUUCAAGGACAUCCACACCACCACUGGGAAGAUCAAAAGAGCCGUGCUCCAGUUCACUCCUGCCAGCUGGACCUAUGUGCGGUGGUUUGACCCCAAGUCUUCAUUUCAGAGAGUGGCUGGAAUAUACCUUUUCAUGAUCAUCUGGCAGCUGACCGAGUUGAAUACCUUCUUCCUGAAACAUAUCUUUGUGUUCCAAGCCAGUCAUCCAUUAAGCUGGUGUCGAAUUCUCUUUAUUGGUGGCAUCACAGCUCCCACAGUAAGACAGUACUACGCUUACCUCACCGACACACAGUGCAAACGCGUGGGAACACAGUGCUGGGUGUUUGGGGUCAUUGGUUUCCUGGAAGCUAUUGUCUGCAUAAAAUUUGGACAAGACCUCUUCUCUAAGACCCAGAUACUCUAUGUUGUGCUUUGGCUUCUUUGUGUGGCUUUCACCACCUUCCUGUGCCUGUACGGCAUGGUUUGGUACGCAGAGCACUACGGUCACCGAGAAAAGACCUACUCAGAAUGUGAAGAUGGCACCUACAGUCCAGACAUCUCCUGGCCUCACGGGAAAGGUUCAAAAGGUUCUGAAGACGGCCCCACCAAGCAUCCAGGCAACAACGAGAGCCAUUCUUCCAGAAGAAGGAAUCGACAUUCCAAGUCAAAAGUCACCAACGGAGUGGGAAAGAAAUGA